AUGGAUCAGGCUAAAGAUGCCCUGAGCGCUUAUUAUAAGAGGCUGGAAGCGGCUGUGGGAGAGAGCAGCUUCAAGGAUGUCCAUCUCCCAUCAUUUUUACUGGGUUGCUUCGCAACUAUACUAUUAUUGGUGCUGGAGCCAGUUUUCAAAGCGCUUGUUGGAGGAAUCCUUGUAAGUGUGGUUACUGUGGUGAAAUACCUGGUCGUUGUUGGCGGGGUUGUUCUCUGUGGGUUGAUUCUGACAUCGAAAGGCACCGCUCAGGAAGCGUCGCAGCCCGAGCCGCUAGUAGAUCCGCGCGAUCACUUCAUCAAAAACGCGAGUCCCGAUGACCUCAACGUGGUAGGGUACAACGAAAUGAAGACGGGAAGAAGGAGGAGGAAGCCUAAGCCCGUAAAAAACACGUACGACACGUUUGUGCGCCAGGCGGGCGGCACGUAG